UCAUCGGUUGACGUUGCAGAACAUCCAAUAUAUUCUAAAUGGCCUAAAACGUUGAUAGUAAACGUAAGAUAUGGUGCCAACGCAUAUAACUUGAAAGUGGAUGCAAAAGCAAUGAUUAGAGAUUACGAGGAGCUGCAGUGGUUUAUCAUAAAAAAUCGCUCCUAUGAUCAUGAGGUGCGAUAUUUGGUAUAUUACGAUGGUGAGUGGUGGUUGUGUAUCGAUAUGUUUGCUAGCAUUCAGACGAAAACGGAACGAGGAUUCAAAUUACUACGGAACGUGGAUAUCGAACCUUUAUGCGAGAGUAUGCAAAUAAACACGCGCGCAUCAUUGUGCUGGUGGAACGUGUACGAAGAAACGAACCUCAUACAGAGAGCGUGGGAGGAAUCAUCCAGACAGUUUUUGGCGCUUUUUACCCAAUAAUAAGGGCGAUCACAGGUUAAGGUGGAAUCUGAUUUUCAAUGUUCGCUUGUUCGCUAGGCACGACACAAAUUUGUGACAUUUUUUUUGGUCAGAAUAAAUUUGCUAAAACUUUAAAAAAUAA